AUGCAUUCAUUAUUCAAAGAUUCUUUAUUAAACAGUAAAGUUCGAGAAAGGCUAGAAGGUUUAAUAAUUCGUCACUCUGCUCUGUCAGAAGAGCUUGAUAAUCAGUCUUCAAAAAUUAUAGAUCCUGAUGUUCUUGCAAGUAAAUCUAAAGAAUUAUCAGAUAUAUCAUCUAUAAUUGUUCCCUAUCAGGAAAUGCGAAAAGCUCAAUAUGAACUUAUAGAAAUUGACAAAAUGAUUAAUGAAUCUUCUGAUGAUGAAGAUCUCAAGAAAUUAAUGCAGGAAGAAUAUCAAGAAAUCAUUGAGAAAUUAAACCGUCUAGAGCAGUCUGUUGUAUCUGCUUUAAUUCCAAAAGAUUCUGCUGAUCAAGGAAAUGCUGUCCUUGAAAUACGUGCUGGAUCGGGUGGUGAUGAAGCUGCAUUAUUUGCUGCGGAUAUAUUAAAUAUGUAUGAGCGUUAUGCUUUUUUGCGUAAAUGGAAAUUUGAGAGAUUGUCGAUUGUUGAGGAAUCUGCAAUUGGUGCCAUAAAGGAAGCGACCGCUUCAAUUUCUGGAAGAGGUGUAUUCGGAAAUAUGAGAUAUGAAUCAGGUGUACAUCGAGUUCAACGUGUUCCUGUUACAGAUAACGCGGGUCGCGUACAUACAAGUACAGUGACCGUUGCUAUAUUGCCUCAACCAACAGAAGCUGAUGUGAAUAUACGAGAAAAUGACCUUCGUAUAGAUUUUUAUCGAGCAAGUGGUAAAGGAGGACAACAUGUAAACAAAACUUCCAGCGCUGUUAGGAUAACACAUAUUCCAACUGGAUGUAACAAAGCGAAAGCACUUCAAAUUUUACGUGCGAGAUUAUAUGAUAUGGAACGUAACAAAUUACAUCAGGAAAGAAGUGAGAAAAGACGUCAACAGGUAGGAACUGGUGAUAGAUCUGAAAAAAUUAGGACAUAUAAUUUUGCUCAG